AUGCGUUUCCAAACUGUUGUGUCCACUGUGGUUUCCUUGGCUGCUUUGUCCAGUGAAGUCAUGGCCGCUCCACCCGCCUGUUUGCUCGCCUGCGUGGCUCAGGUCACAAGACAGUCGUCGCAGUGUAACUCGAUGAACCAGGUUGGGUGCAUUUGCUCGAACGAAGCCAGCUCGGUUCAGGAAUGUCUGAACUCGAUUUGUCCAAGCGGAGACGCCGACUCGGCUUCCAGCGCUUUCAGCAGUGCCUGUUCUGACCAAGGGGCCAAUAUCAGCUCGAGGUCUUCGAGCUCCUCGCGCUCGGCCAGCUCCUCAAGCUCUUCAAGUGCCGUCUCUUCGAGUGCCACUUCAUCCAGCUCAGUCGUUUCAUCCAGCUCCAGCUCUUCCCAAGCAUCCAGCUCCAGCUCUUCCCAAGCAUCCAGCUCCAGCUCUUCCCAAGCAUCCAGCUCGAUCGCUCCUAGCUCCUCUACUGAGGCCUCCAGCUCAAUUGUGUCGUCGACUUCAAGCUCAGCCUCUGAGGUUUCCAGCUCUGUUGCUCCAUCUAGCUCUGUAGCACCAUCCACUUCUGCCGAACCAGUCAGCUCGAGCGCCCCAACAAGCUCUUUGGUUACAUCAACGACAUCUUCUUCCACUUUGCUUCCAGAGACCAGCUCCAGCGCCAGCUCGUCUUAUUCCCUAUCAUAUCUUUCUUCCGCUGAAGGUAACGCUCUGCAAGUUGGCGGUUCGCUAUUCCUUGCCGCUGCUGCCGCUUUACUAGUCUAA